AUGGUCCCUACUACCAAGAGACCUCCGUCUUCGCCCACUGACCCUCCACACCGUCGGCAGGGCGCGCGAUCCACGAUCACACAGGAAGCAGGCUACAGCAGCGCCAGCGAGGAUGAUGCCCUGCUACCAGAGGAGAGCGAAGACGCCGAAUUCUUGGUGCCCAAGUUUCUGAGCUUGAAGACCCAGAUCCGGAAGGACGAGGACUCUCCCAUGGCGAGCUUCGAUGACAUCCCUGCCUUUGGAGCUUCCUUCACCGACGAGGGCCUUCACAAGAAGCGAGCCAACUUCGACAUUCCGGAGGAGAUCGCCGACUUCUUGCCGGAGAAGCUGACGCCCGCCGGAUCGGAGGUCAGCUUCAAGCCAAUGAAAGAGUUCGGCACCGAAACGCUGGUCUUUGCGGAUGGUGAGGACGAUGCAGGGUCUGCCCCGGACUACAUUGACCUCGACCUGGAUGUUCGUGACCUGCUUGAAGAGGCACUGUACCUUCCCCAAAACGGGAGCGAGAGAAUGAAGGCGAGACAGGCUGAAUGUGCGUGUCAUCCGAACUUGCGCCUAUGA